UAUCUCCCCUAGUGCACUUAAUUAUGUCGUAAAUCGUUCACGGUGAACAUGUCCACUUAAAACAUUCCAGUGAAACUCGGCCAAACUCCGCACAUAUUAUAGUUUAAUUAUAAUAAAAUGGCUGUCCCGUGGUAUCUUAUAAAAUUCUAUGCUCAGAACCAUACGAAAUUUACGUCAGCAGUCUUGGUGUUGUUUAUUGCAUCAAUUAUCUUCCACACUUACAUUCAUCUAUUUCUGUUGGUGUGGUCAUUUAUAUUUGGCAUUGUUGUUGCCUACUUCAUCUUAAGUAAGGACUCCCUGCUCCCUAAUUUAUUGUUUAUGUACAAUCGGAAAAUAGUCAAAGAAGAAGAAGAACUGUCUUUAAUGAAAACUAUGUGUAGUGUUUGUGGACAAAGAAAAUGUCCUCGUCACAGACCUGAGCUGAAUAUUCUAGCUUUCCAGCCUUGGAAUGGUAUUAAUAUUCCACAGAGUGUAGACAAAGCUGUUGGUGAGUUACUUGAAUUGGUUUUUAAAGAAUUCAUCUAUUCUUGGUUCAAAGAUUUAAGUAUUGAUGAAGAAUUUGUUCAAGAACUGCGAAACAGUUUACGGUUUUUUGCUGCUGUUCUCUUAAGACGAGCACAAAAGAUUGAUAUUCCAGACCUGAUAACCAGUAAAUUAAGCAAGGCAGGUCUUGCACAUCUUGAUUCUUAUUUACAGACAAAGAAAAGAGUUCCCAUUGGAACUGACUUACAGCAUGCUACUUUGAACUAUCUUGGGCCAUCACUACAUGUUGCCAUGCAAAGUCGGAAAAUGGAACUGGAAUAUCUGCGCCGUCUCACUGAGAGUUUGUUUCCGUUUAUUAUUCAACCAUAUGCUUUACAUUCACCAAGCACGUGUAAUUUGGUGCGGGAAGUUAUUUCUGGUUCUUUACUCCAAGUUGGUAUGGACGUUCUUGCUGAUCCGGACAAUGUGAACAAUCUGAUAUUGGUUUUCCUGGACAACACCCCACCUCCCAUAGUUACAAAACCUCCAACAGAAGAGGUCCCAUUUUUAACAGACUUGGCUGAUGUUCAAGUUAAGAACACAUCAUGUUUACAUCUUGAACUCGCAGACAUCAUGUCUCAAACUGACCUCUUGUAUACUUUUAUGCAAUUUAUGAAGUCUGAAGCUGCUGUUAGUGUUUUGCAAUUCUGCCUGGCUUGUGCUGAUUUCAGUGGUCAUAUUCUGAAUCCAGAUCUCACGGACGAAGAAUUGAAGGAGCUGCACAACACUGCCAAAGAUCUUUACCAAAGUUACUGUGCCCCUUAUGCAGUGGACAAAAUCCUAUUUGCUGACGAUGUUGUAACAGAACUAAAGAGCAUUGUUGAUGGUCCUUACCAAAAUGUGAUUAAAUUGAGAACAUCUCCUCCACUUUUCAAAGCUUAUGAACAUGCUUACAAUCUCUUGGAGAGUACAUUCCUGCCUUUAUUCCACCAAAGUGAUGAAUAUUACAAAAUGUUAUGUGGAGACCGAUGUGUAUCACAAGCUGUCAAAAUUGGAACUAAAUUGGAACAGAAAGUCAACUUUUUGCCACUUUUACAAAAAGAUAUUUCCAGAUCAACUUGUGUCAUAGCUGUUCCCAAGCCUCCAAUUGUUAAUAAUCACCGGCCCCAGAAAAAGAAAGAAUUUGGUUUCUCUAACUUUGGUAAUAAAAUCAAAGAAGUAUUUAAAAGUUCUUCAAUUGAAGGCAAACUUCCUGAAGUUGAAAACACGGACGAUGCUGACACAGUUACCAUUGCCUCUUGUAGUUCUCUUGAAGAUGAAAUUUCAUAUGAAAACUUUUAUGAUUGGUCAUCAAAUUGGGAAUGUCCUCUCCAUGACUUGAGUACAUGGAGAAUUACCAUUCCACGCAUUGGAGGACGGCCAGACCCUGACAACAUAAAGAAACUGUUUUUUGUCUUCAUCAUUGAUGUUCAUAGAGUUGAUGUUUCAUCAGAAGAUGAAUCUCAAAAGGCAAGUUGGACUGUUGCUAGGCGCUAUCAAGAGUUUUAUGUUCUAGAACAAAGACUGACUGAGUUCCAUGGUGGCUUCUCUGCAUGUCAGUUACCGCCAAAGAAAUCUUUUGGUACAAAAAACCAAGAUUUCAUGGAGAGUAAAAAGGAACAAUUUGAACAGUAUCUACAAAAACUCGUUGCCAUCCCCCAAUUGCGAGGAAGUGAGUUACUUUACAACUUUUUGACCUCAAAAGAUGAGCUAACCUCAAGUUUUCUACCAGACAUAAAUAUUGGGAAAAUCGUCAAGUCUGUUCCAAUGAAACUGCUGAAAGAGCGAGGACAGCAUAUUGAUCCAUUUCUACAGUCGUUUCUUCAAUCAACAGAAGCCCCAAAGCCCCGGCCUUGUCGGCUGGAGAGGAAAGGCUCUGACACUUCCCUCAAGUCAGUCAGCAGUGAAAAGUUUUCUAGUCCAUUGUUUGAGAACAAUUUCAAUUGUGAGAAUUCCUACCCGUUACCUGCUGUCUCAGAUAAUCUCCCAGUUGGUAGCAUCCAUGGCAUUUUCAAUAUGUUUAUUUAUAUUGCUCGUUAUGUGUACCAUAUCCCAGAAUGGUUCCAUCACAUACUUAUUAUGUUCCGAAUGCUGUUGAAACGCACCAUAGAGAGUUAUGUACAGUAUUAUAUUCAACAGAAAUAUUUCCAGAUCUGUCAGGAGCAUCGGUUGGCUUAUUAUAUCAACAUUAUUAAAAAUCUUUUGUUCUUCGACACUGAUCCACCGAGGACUGAAGAACAAAAGAAAGAAAGAUAUGCCAAGACAAUAGCAGAGAUGAAGAAGUUUAUUCCAAGUCUGUUUGUGCUUGCGAUUGGUGAGCAAAACCAUCAUGAAGGAACCAAGUUAAUUCUUGAUUUGUUGCAACUACCGAAACUUAACAAACAGUUAAGUUAUGUCUUGCUUGACAUCAUCAUUGUGGAGUUGUUUCCUGAACUGAAAGAAAAUUACAGCCCAGAUGUUCGACUUAACAAUUCUAAUGGUUAAUCUAUUUCGAAAAUAAGACUCUAGAACUUUCCUUUGUUUGUGAUGCCAUCAGUUGAAUGUAAACAAUACGGUAUUAUUGCUGUGUUGGAUGUUGUUCUAUUCCCGGAGGGUAAGAUAUGACUUACUAACAAACAAUACAGUUGAACAUUCCCACAGUUUUAAGAAAUAAAUUGCAAAACAACAAGCAACAAACAACAACAAUAAAGAAAAGACGAAAGACAAUAAAGCAGCCACA